AUGCAAAACGAGUCGAAAACAGUCGACGGCCAGCAUCCCAUAGGGCGAGCAACCAAUAGUUUAAAGAAGGAGAAGGACGGUUACGAGGAAAUAAAUCCAGAACCAGCAAAGAGGAAACUACAGUCAAAUUUUUGCAACGGUAAUGCUACAGAAAUUUGCAAGGAAGAACAAAGACAUCAUGAAGAUUGCGCUUCAAACCAACCUCCCUUGGGACCGAUCGAACUAGAACAAAGCCAUGCUACGGAAUUUGGCAUGGACGAUUUAGAACAAAGGCAAAAUGAAGAUUGCAUUCCAAACCCUUCUCCUUUGGGACCAUCGGAACCAAAACACAAUGGUAUAGGAACUAGACAUUAUGAGCCAAAUCUGCCCGAAUUUGAUUUUUUUCCGUCUGAAAUCAAAGAUAAAAUGUGGGGAUCUAUCAGUCAACGAAGCUUCUGUGAUGACAUCAAUAAAAUCUAUGACGAAAUUGUUCAUUUUAGAAGGAAUAUUUUCAACAUACCCUCGGGUAGAGAGGGAAAGAAUUUUAAUGGAGAACUGACCUUUUCGCUGAAGCAAUUUAACUCCAACUCAGAUCUGAACUCGAUCGCAUUAAAAGCUUUUAUGUUGCUUCCAUCUUUGAUUUUCAAAAGCCUUCGUCUACUUCCAAGAGUAAAGAACACAGCACAGCGAUAG